UACGAUUCAGUGAUUUUCGAACUUGCUCGUCGGGCGGUCUAUCUUCAGGCGUCAAGUGCAACUUCGCGCGGAAUUCCAACCGGAUCGAGUGAAUUAUUCAGGACAUAUCUGACGGACGGAUUUUGUGGGGUUUGAACCGGAAGUUUUAGGAUCAGCUGUUAGGAGAUUUUGAAAUCAUAUGCUUGCGGGGAUUGGAUUUUGCAGAACCAGAAAGUGCGAAACAUUCGCUCGUAUCGUUGCGGUUGGCGAAAGGCGGAAAGUGUGAGAAAUUGUUACAAUUUUAUGAGCCAGAAGAGGCGGGAAACUUCUUCGCUCGCAGUCAAAGUAUGGUGGGUGUGAGUGCUUAGCUCUUUUUCGGUGAUUUCAGUUCAAGUGAAGCGAGUAAACACAGCGAAAUUACAAUAGAUGGAAGAUUUGGUGGUGUUUGAAUUGAGUUUGAAGAAACGUUUUUAGUGAAUCAGUGAACAGUGAAUUGAUGGCGACAGCUUGUAAAGUUGUCAUCUGUAAAGAUCGCUUCGAGUGAAGAGAAGAAAAAACCUCCGUGUCAAGCGUCAACCAUGAGAAAACGAAUCCGGUUUCCAUACGAUAGCCUUCCGAUGGUAUAAAUCUGAAACUAGGGGGUUCCGCCGAAAAAACCGUGACAUUCAAGAGUGGUACCAUUGAAAGUCUUCUAAUACUACCAGUCUAUCCAUUUCCGGUGCAGUUUGCAUUGUAAUGACCAUUGAUGACGCAUUGAGUGAAGGCAAUCAAUCAUCAUCGGUACAGAGCGAAAAUGUAUCUCGGCGGGAGAACGAUUGCCCAUACUUGUCACGGCCUUCGACUUGCGUUGGCAGCGCUGGAAUAAGCCUUCCCGCCGCCAAUCAUCAGCAACAACGUCAUCCUUCUUCGACCGCAGCGACAUCUGGAGCAGGAAACCAACCGGGAUCGAAACCUAGACCGGCAUUCUUGCGCUAUUAUCCGGACGAAUCCAGUGGAGCGACAUCCGCUGUCGAUACCACCACCAGUGAAGAGGGAUUUCCUCAACUUUUCAUUCGACAAGUGAAUUGGAAUUUUUACACUGAUUGCAAAGAAGAUCAACGGCCGAAUUGCGGAACGGGUGGCAGCAGUCCUCCGCCGACGUUGCCCCUUUUGCCACAAACCGAAGAAGCAUUGAAACUGUUACGGGAAAUCGAUUGCAAUAUUGUCGCCGUCGGAGGAUUAGGCGAAAAUGGAUUCGCUACGUUUCUGGAUAACGAUAACUGUUCCAACACUGCUGAUCAAAUCAAUAACAUGUCCUAUUAUUUAAGAGAUGGCCCUCGUUCGUUGUUUUUCAACCCACCGCCGCCGCAGGACAGCAAUUCCAAACCAGCAACGGAGAGAUUGCAUCCGAUAACCGUGGAACCGUCCACAUCUGCCGCGUCGUCCAACUCGUCUACCUUGGACAGUGGAAGAAUGUUGAAACGGCCGCUCUUCGGUUCGAACAACAAUACGUCCACACUGUCCGGAAUCGGAAGCAGCAAACCUGUCGCGUCUUCUCUGGGAGGUUCUUCGCUGUACUCUUCGCAACCGCCACGAAUUAUCGGCAGCACCAGUGCCAACUUUGGUCCAUCGGGGGCCACGCCGAACAAGUUGUUUAACGAACCGGAUAUCACAGCAAACAGUUUAAAGAUCACUUUCCGGCCUUCUCCGACUAGCAGUACCGCUACGACUACGCCGACUUCUACGGCGCCUGGAAGUGGCACUCAUCACCCGGUGGAACCGCAAAUGCCUACGAAUAGAAACGGUGGAAAUAGUGCACUGGCCGGUAGGGCCUUUCCCAAUAGUAGUGCGGGCAGCAACGUUGUACAUAGUAAUACUAGUGCCGGUAACAAUGUGCACCAUAGUGGAAAUGUUGUAAAUAGUUAUGGGGGUGAUGGAAGUGCGGGGACAAGAACUGCUGACCAGGCGCCUCCUCAGCAUAGUAGUGCGGUGAUGGCGGGCAGUGGACCGACUGGUGUGCAAUUGACCCUGUAUGGAUGGCGCAAGAAAUGCCUUUACUCAGUGAUACUCAUUCUGAUGAUUAUGAUCAUCAUCAACCUGGCGCUGACACUGUGGAUACUGAAGGUGAUGGAAUUCUCAUCGGACGGAAUGGGCCAGCUGAAGAUAGUUUCCGGAGGGAUUCAACUGACGGGCCAGGCGAUGGUCUUGGACAUACUGCGAGCUUCCUCGAUACGUUCCAAACAUGGGCAACCCAUUUCGAUUGAAUCUUCACGCAACUUCAGCGUUAACACACGUGAUUCGGAAGGAUACUUGGAGAAUCAGCUUUUUCUGGGUCACGAUCGGUUGGAAGUCCUGGCAAAUCACUUUCGGGUAGCAGAUACGCAUGGCACUUCGCUGUUCUCAGUUGAUCGAGAUGAGGUAACGGUAGGGGCUAGUUCGCUUCGGGUUGAAGGAGAAGGCGGAGUAAUUUUCAGGGAUUCCAUCCAAACUCCCUUGGUGCGGGCGGAAGCCGGAAAGGAUUUGAAAUUGGAAUCACCAACGCGAUCUCUGGAGGCACGUGCCACUCAGGAAAUUUUCAUGCAAUCACGUGCUGGAAGCAUUGAAGCCAACUGUCUCAACGAUCUCAAGCUGCAUUCGGUGGCGGGCAGCAUUCGCCUGGAUGCCAGCACGAUUAUCAUGCCUAAUCUUCGAACUGCACAAGCUCCAUCGGCUUCAUCUUCCGGAUCAUCCCGAGAUCACAGCAGUGGCAGUAGUUCUACAUCGACCUCUUCGUCUUCAUCUCACAGUAAAAUCUACCAACUGUGCGCCUGUUCCAACGGGAAACUAUUUCUUGCUCCGGCCCAUAGCAUAUGCACAGCCGACGACAGUGCCAUCUGUAGGUAAUAUUAUUUAUUCCGACAAGUCGUAGUAACAGCCGUAUCAAAUCGUCACCAAUUGGUAGCCUAAUAGCAAAAAGCAAGCCCUUAGCCAUAGAUAGUCACAAUCAAGUGUAUAUAGAGUAACCAAUGCGCCGAAAAACGGCGGGUAGGCGCUUAAAUCACGAAUACGGACUACACUAGUUUUGUUAAAAGUUGGAAACCAUUAAACUUAUAGGAGAAAAUUACACAAAUUGGAUUUCAGGUUAGUUACAAACGACACGAAGCAAUUGUUGAUGAAAUUUGUUACUUUUAUUUUACGUUGGUCAUAUUAGCGUGUGAUUUUGUAGAAAUCUUCCCAAAUUCCCAAAGUUAAAUGUUUGGAAAUCUGAUAACAAAUUGAUUGAUUUAAAUCUCCUCCAGGCUAGACUCAUCCUUUGAAAUGAAUGAAAAUCUGUGAAGAAACAGAGCUUAUAGCGGAUCAAAUUAGAAAACCAUCGAAUCAUCAAACAUACGUCAUAGUUUACCCGUUUUGGCUCAAAAACAAAUCAAAAUUUAACAAACCGAUAAAAUAAGCGCCGCAAAAAGUGCUAAAACAUAGCUUGAAAAUAAUUGAGUAACAAAAAAAAAAGUUAGCCGGAAGAUUAGGGGGAAACACGUAGUUAAACCAAAUGUGCAAAGCAGAAAUUAUAGCUCUGAAAAGUCGCCAAUUAAAACGAUAAUCGAUAUCAAUACGGUCAUUUCUGGGGGUAGUUACGCAGAAGAGAGGUAUAGUUUUUCAUAAAAAUAUACAUAUCAUAUACAGUAGCUAUUAAGGCAUGGGAGUAAAGUGCGAAUAAAUUACUUAAAAGAA